CGUCCGGGCCACUAAACGCCUCGCUCGCCGACAGACCCGAAACACCGAGUCCGACCCUGACGCCACCCGAGAGUUAAGAAGACGCACGCGUUAUCCCGACCGCAUGCCUGCAUCGACGACGACGCGGUGCGCCUUUGGUUGGCACCGACAGUCCCGCUCAAACCCGACGGAUGAACGGAUCCGGCGAGCCACACGUUCAUCCAAGUUCACCGACGAGUCCUGCACUAUAGCAUGCUCCCGAGGGAUGCGUGCGACCUAGAUCUGCAGAGCACAACUCCAGCUUCGAUAGCGACGGUACAGUGAUAGUAGCCUCUAACUUGCGUACUCGUUCACUGUGAGAUACCUCGACCGUGUCAAUGCUGGAAUGGAUGGUCGGUGUCUGCAUCGUGAUCCUGGUGGCUCUCGUCUGGCCGGGGGCCCCCAAGUAUUUUGGCACGGAGAGCCAGGCGGGCGCGCCGCCGCAGCGGGGACUGGGAAUUACACGGCACCCAGCGAAAGAACGGACUGGGGAGAGAUGGGUCUUGGAGAGUGGGCAAGACGGCACGACCGGUGAUGACAGCGACGCGAAAGCGAGCGCGGUGGCGUUGAUAUGCAAGCCGUCCGCGCUGGCCAACUACCUCCUCCAGCACUGUAGGGCUUUCAGCAGCUACUCGCCGUGUGUCGGCUGGACGUGGCGGGCCAGCGCCCUCCUCCAGUCCCUGUACGAGGUGUGCUGGCCCUACCACAGUCCCGUCCAGUUCGUGCGGGACAACCUGCAGAUGAGCGACGACGGUCUGGUGGCCCUGGACUGGGCCGUGGCACCCGCCGGCACCUCGCAGCACAAGCGACGGAGGACCUCCAGUCACUCCACCCGGCCCGUCCUCCUGAUCGUCCCAAACUCUUUUGGAAAGAUCACUAGAAAUGUGCUCAAGCUUUGUGAGGCAGCACUGUAUCACGGCUACCUCCCUGUUGUCUUCAACCGUCGCAGCCAUAAUAGCACGCCCCUCACCACCCUCAAACUGCAGCAGUUUGGCGACCCCGGAGACCUGCGAGAGGCCGUGCGCUACAUUCGCUACAGGCAGCCGGCUGGGAGGCUGUACGCAGUGAGUGAGAGCACUGGGUCGGGCCUCCUCCUGUCCUACCUGGGGGAGUGUGGAUCAUCAAGUUACGUGACUGCGGCCGUCUGUCUGUCACCUGUGUUUCGCUGCCAGAGCUGGUUUGAGAACGGGCUGUGGUGGCCCAUCCGUUGGGCUCUGGUGCUGUACCAGAAGAUGUGCCUCAGCAGGUACAGGACAGUAAUGAGCGAGUCCAUACAGACAGACGCCCUGUUUUCUAGCUGCUCCUUACGUGGCCUGGAGGAGGCAUUAUUCUGUCACACAGCUCAGAAAGGCCCAACAAUGGUGGCCUCAGCAGGGGGCAGCACCAUCAGCAGUUCAGGCAACUGGGACACAUACUGGGAACGCAACGAACCGUUGAGGGACGUGGACGAAGUCGCCAUCCCUGUUCUGAGCGUGUGCGCUCAGGAUGACCCGAUUCGUGGUAGCCCACAUUCAACCUUACCUUUGGAACUCUUCGAGACCAACCCCCAUUUUUUUCUCCUGCUAACCAGCCGAGGAGGUCACUGUAGCUUCGCCACAUGGGCCAGUGGUGGCAGCACGGUUAGUACAGCCGGCUCUGUUGGUGACGCUGAUUCUCCAUCUUGUGUCAGCGGUGGGACCGGAAGCCCUGAAAUCGGCUGGAGCCACCGGGCUCUGCUCGAAUUUUUCCGGGCGACCACAGACUUCUUCGCUGCAGAGGAGAGAGUUAAGCAGCUCGCUGCGAGGAGGAGGGGUUUGGGGGGAGUCACUGGAGGGAAGGUUUUCCGACACCGCAGUGUCAGCACAUGUAAACGAGUUCCGCCGUGUUCGCAUAAUAUCCACGCCAUUUACAACUGGCAGAGGUCCUAUACACGGUGAGCAGGGUUAAUCGAGGUUAAAGGACUAAAUUAAGUGCUUUUUGAUAUAAUUUACAUUUGGGGUUGGAGGGACUCAGUUCAUUCUCUGCCGGUUUAUGACACACACCUGGCGCACAGGAAGAGAAGCAGUGAAACGUGAAAGCUUUUAC